AUGGAAAAUUUCAAUAAAAAUUACCAUAAGUUUGAGCAUCAAAUGCCUAAAGUCAUUGUAUUUGAUUUGGAUUAUACUCUUUGGCCUCUAUGGGUUGAUACUCAUGUUGAUCUGCCGUUCAAAAAACUAAAAAAUGGAGACAUUGUAGACAAAUAUGAAACUGUGGUUAAUCUUUACGAAGAUGUUCCCCAAAUUUUGGAAACGCUCCAACAAAAAGGCAUAACGAUGGCAGCUGCUUCUAGAACACCAGCUAUUGACGUAGCUGAAAGUCUUCUAGAUAUUAUGGAUCUUAAUAAAUAUUUCAGUGCGAAAGAAAUAUACCCAGGGAGCAAAGUUGCUCAUUUUUUAGAAUUUAAGGAAUCUCUCGAUAUUGAUUACAACCAUAUGCUCUUCUUUGAUGAUGAGGAACGAAAUAUUGAAGAUCUUUUGAAACUUGGAGUGACAGCAGUCCAUGUUCCUGAUGGAAUGUCCUGGGAGAUUUUAAAUAUUGGAAUUGAAAUGUUUUCUCAAAAUAGUUAA